CUAAGUAGAAUUUACUCGGCGCAGCUAACCACACAUAAAUCUACCGUCACGGUGACCCUUCCCGCACGAACUUGGGGAGGUAACGUGCUGCACCAGCCUGUCAUGGACAAUUCUCUUCAUGCCUCAAUGGUUCCCUCUCUCAACAUAUCUGGUUUAUCCGUCGAUUUCAGCAAGUCGGGAAAGAAUGUGGAGUCUGCUCAAGUCCGGGUCGGCAAGUUGCAUGCACCGGUUGGGCGCGGAGAAGGAAAGACUUUGCAACAGGUAUUUCCCUCGCCCAUCAAACUUUCUAUUGGGGAUUCGUUUUCCUUACGUGUCAGGUGGUACAAAAUAUCUGCAAUCAAUUGGGCCGCGUAUGAAGACAUCGAUCUUGAUACCGCAGACAUCUUUCGCUGGUUUGGUGCAAGUGAAGAACCCGGGACACGAGAAUACAACACGGCUCACAAGAAAUUCACAGUCGUCCUCGAGCUCUCCAGGAAUACGGAAACCGAACAGGCUGAGCAGUCUGUCCCUUCUUCCAGUGAACACCUGGAACUUCAGCCCACUACGGAUGAAAUCAUUCGCAUUUGUCCACGGUUCCGAAUUUUAGUGAUAGGAAAUACCGGUGUCGGGAAGUCUUCGCUGAUCAAUCGCGCAUUCGGAGUGGAGAAUGCGACCUCUUCGAACAUUAUGCCAGGCGAGGCUACCAUCGACCAUGAGUUCAUCUCAAAACAAAACGAUAGAUUCGUUCUCCAUGACAGCAAAGGGUUUGAACCAGGGGGAAAACACAACUUCGACAUAGUCCAGGAUUUUAUUAACCGCCGGGGGAAAAUGCCUAAUUUGAAAGAUCAGCUGCACGCCGUUUGGAUUUGCUUUGAAAUACCCCGUGUAGGCGGGCGUUUACUGGAGACCGCCACGGAGGCAUUCCUCACAUUGAAGCGCGACGGAAAGCUAGGGAAAAUCCCCCUCGUCGUCGUUCUCACUAAAUAUGAUGAGCUCAUCAAACAAGUGAAUUAUUCUCUGGAUGACUCCUCUCUUAAAGGAUUGAGCAAGGAUGACGUCAACAAACUCAUCAAGAACAAAGCUGAUACCGAGCUACAAGAUAUCUGCUUUGAACCCCUUAAGAAAUUUGCAGGACUUGAUAUACCAUACGCGGUGGUCUCUACUAAGGAAAAUUAUGAGGAGAUGAUGGUCUACCUGAUCCAAAUGACUGAAAAACGUGUCCGUGAGCAUGUUUCGACCGAGGCAUCGGCGAUGACCUCCAUCGCACAACGAGUGGAUCCUCACCUGAACAUACAAGAAUCGAUCCGGGUUGGAAAGAGGAGAUAUUGGAAGGCGUUGGCAUCAAGCACAGCAUUUCAGAACCGUAGGAUGCGGGACUGCCUGAAUGUGCUUCACACGGACAUUGUCACUGUGUGGAAUUUCUGUGACCCUCAUCAUUACUUGUACAGCUCAGAGUUUAGGACGUUGAUGGUAAACAUGGUCGAUAAGCUAGAUGAUGGACCUAUAGCUGAUCCCAACAAGACCAUUGCAGUUGGACUUCCGAUGGUGGGUACUAUUGCGGGAAUCGUGUCUGCCCUGUCAGGACCUGCGGCUCCCAUUGUAGUACCAAUCGCGGCAGGUGUUGUAUUGGCCUUAUGGGUUUACGACGUAUACCAGACGACCCACGCGGUGCUUCGGCGCUUCAUGUGCUAUAUCAUCGACUUGACCCUUGUAUUGCGAACACUUUAUCUUCUCUCAGAAAACCAGGAACUCUCUCGCAGGGCCAUAAAGCUCGCGGUCGCUUCCUAUCUUGCCUCGCCAAAUAGCGGAGACGUCCAUACUCAGAUUCAGGAGUAUGAUAGGGGAUUGAAACCCCUGGAACACGCGGAUCGCGAUACGUUAGAUAAAAUCGCUGAGCUGAUGGAAUCGAACAACAUUGACAUUGGUGCAGAAGCAAUUUCCAAACUUCGGGCACAGAUUGCGGCUGUGGGUUUAUUUCCGGAUGAACCAUGGGAAGACAAGAAGGUGUAAUACUCAAUCCUUUCUUUUGUGCAUGGUUCUGCGC